UUUUUGAGAUUUGUUGUGUCGGCGAAGUGACUACCAAAAUGUCCAACGUUUAACUUGUGUAUAUAUAUACAGAGUGUUAAAGAAAAGCAGGUGUGAAAGCUGCCUCCGAAGUCUAAGGCUCAGCGUCCGAGGCCAUGAAUCGAGUCCCCCUGCAGCAGCAGCAGAGCUGUGGGUCCUGGGAGCGGAAGGAGCGUCUUGGCACCGGAGGCUUUGGGAACGUCACAAGAUGGCAAAACAAGGACACAGAGGAACAGAUUGCUAUAAAGCAGUGUCGUCAGGAGCUGAGCGAGAAAAACAAAGAGAGAUGGUGUCUGGAGAUCCAGAUCAUGAAGAGGUUGGAUCAUGGCAACGUUGUCGCAGCCCGAGAGGUUCCUGAGGGAAUGCAGAAAUUGGUGUUCACCAAUGACCUGCCGCUGCUGGCAAUGGAGUACUGUCAGGGAGGAGAUCUGAGAAAGUAUCUGAACCUCCUGGAUAACUGCGCUGGAAUGAGGGAGGGCUCUGUUUUGAUUCUGUUAUGUGACAUUUCGUCAGCUCUUACCUACCUCCAUAAGAAGAGGAUCAUCCACAGAGAUUUGAAACCAGAAAACAUUGUGCUGCAGCAGGGAGAGAAGAGAUUGAUCCACAAGAUUAUUGACCUGGGCUAUGCUAAAGAGCUGGACCAGAGCAGCCUGUGCACCUCAUUUGUGGGAACUCUUCAGUACUUGGCUCCAGAGCUCAUUGAGAGACAGAAGUACACGGUCACUGUGGACUACUGGAGCUUCGGGACCCUGGUGUUUGAGUGCAUCACAGGAUUUAGGCCUUUCUUACCAACCUGGCAACCUGUUCCUUGGCACAACAAACUGAGGCUGAAGCAGGACAAAGAUAUUGUCGUCUACGAGGACCUCUUGGGGGACGUCCGUUUCGGUCAACAUCUUCCUCAGCCCAACAACCUCAACAGUCUGUUAUUAGAGAGACUGGAGAGGUGGCUACAGCUGAUGCUGAAGUGGUCUCCUCAGGAGCGCGGCAAAGAGCCCGGCGCUGCACCCAUGGACUGCUUCUCCCAGCUGCAGGUCGUUCUGCAGCUCAAGCUGGUCCAUGUCCUGAACAUGAUUUCUGCUAAAAUCCUGACCUACUCUGUCUCGGAAGAAGAGACUGUGGCCGACCUGCAGCUCAGGAUAGAGAAAGACGCCAGCAUCCCUGCAGCCAAUCAGGAGCUGCUGCUGGAAGCGGGACUAGCCUUGGAGCCUCAUGGACUGGCCACACAGUGCGCCAUAGAUUACUCAGAGAUAGAUGGGCGACGGACAGACUUGCCUCUGGUCUUCCUGUUUGAUCGUUCCUCUUGCAGUUAUGAACCUCAAUUUGCUCCUCGCACCCUUCCAGAAAACAUUCGCUUUGUCCAACACGACCCUAAACACGUUCUAGCUUACAGCUCUCUGAGGAGAACCUGCGGCCAGGCGUGGCACACCAUCCGCUCCCUGAAGGAAGACUGGCAAAGACUGCAGCAGGGCCAGAAAGCUGCCAUCAUGAGCCUGCUGAGACACAACUCUUCACUUUCCAAACAGAAGAACGAGAUGGUGUCCAUGCACCAGAGACUCAUGGCCAAGCUGGACUUCUUCACCACCAGCCUUCACAUAGACAUGGAUAAAUACCAGGAACAGACAGCAACUGGGAUCGCGUCAGAAAAGCUCCUGGGCGUGUGGAGGGAGAUGGAGCAGACUGCUGUCAGCUGUGGUCAGGCCAAGGUCAGUGAACUGGAGGAGGAGAUGAUGCAGCUGCAGCCAGACAUAGUGGAUGUGCAGAGACAGCCCUGUAGGAGUGGAGAGGCCCUGGACACACUGGAAGGAAAGGCCAUGGAAAUGUUUCGCAAACUCCGAGAGAAACCCAGAGACCAGAGGUGCCCAGGGGACGGUCAGGAGGUGGUGCGCCUGGUGGUGCAAGCUGUGCAGUUCUACGAGAGGAAGCUCCGAGACUUCUACACACACCUCAGUAAGACAGCAGUGUGCCGUCAGCGGGUGAUGGAGCUGCUGCCAAAGGUGGAGGGGGUGGUCCAGAGGAUGGCUGAGAGCGAACAAGUGCUGAUGAGUCUGCAGGAGAAACGUCAGAGGGAGCUGUGGAACCUGCUCAAAGUCGCCUGUAGCAAAGUUCGCAGCCCAGUGAGUGGGAGUCCUGACGGAUUACGAACCCCCUCGUCAGUUCCGCCUCUGCUCACCCCCAAACACGGUUUACAGCAGUUAGACGAGUCUCUUGUGGAGGAGAGCAGGACAUUUGAGUGUCGACUCCAGAGUCUGCUGAAUGACACCAUCCAGGAGUCAGAGAGCAGUAUGGACAUGUUGAGGGAGUGGACGUGGAUGAGUGGCCAGAAUUUCUCCAGUGACCUCUCCUAAUUUGCGUUUCAUUAUUUUGCUUCCAUGAGUUACUCUACUGCCCCUGUGUGGAGGAGAUGUCAAACUACAUCAGAAUGUAGCACAAGCUGGUCUGUGAAAAAUGUGAAUAUAGAGUAAUAUCUGAUGAAACAUAUUUGCUAAAUGAGAUUUAGGAGUAGGUAAUCCUUCUCAGUCUAACAUUGUAAAAUACGGAAAUUAAAUGUAAAGCUAAGUGCUUUGAAGCAAAUCUUUCCGAUUUUAAUCAGAGGAACUUAUUUAAGCAGGAUCUUAUUUAUGUGCCCAUUUUCCAUUUUAGCUCAACAUUUAUUUUAGUUUUGGGGUAAAAAUAUCCAUUUAAUUGGUAUCAUGUAUCAAAUAAGAUGGUCCUAACAAAGCAUUUAGAAAAUCUCGUAUUAAACUUGCGUACACUUGUCACAGCAUGAAGGGAGGCUUGCACGAUGUACAAAGCAUAAAACUCAAUCUCUCUAUAAAAAGCUGACACACAUCGAGAGACAGUUUUAUCUUUGGAUUUAAGAGUGAUAGAAUUCACGAAUGUAAAUAAUGUUUUACAGAAAUUGAGACAGCAAUAUUUUUCUUCUGUUUUUGAGGCAUAUUCACUUCCAAUUGUUUCAUAAUGUUUGGUGGAUUUUUAUUAGGAAACCACCGAUUCUAUUUUGAAGAAUCAAGUAAAACAUUUUAUAUUCUAAAAAUAUCCCUUGACCUCUGUGUUACAUACCUAAAUGUCAAUAUUUUUGCAUUUUUAUGUAUUUCUCACUGGACCAAUAUUGUUCUUGCAAAUGUUAUUUUAUUAAUGAAAAGUUUUUUGUCAUCUAUUGAUUCUCAUAAGGAGGGUGUGGUCAAAAUAACAGCAGCAGUCCAGUAUCAAUAAUGUAUCUAGUAUGCAAUAAUAAGUGUUUUGAGGCUUUUUAUGUUAGAUUCAUGUUGAAACUGGUUCUCUCUUUGCUUGGUGCAAUAGGGUGAAAACAAAGCACAUGCAAAAGUAGAAUCCAAUUUAUGAACUGUUGCAAAACUGUGAAAAUGGCUUUAAAACUAAGUACAUUUUAAUGAACUUUAACAGGGUAUGCUUAUCAUUCUAACUAUUCGAGGUAUUAUUGUGUAUAGAUUCCACAAAGUGAUGACAAUUGUUACACAUUCUGUCAUAAGUGUCUGUGAUAUCUUGCCUUUCUUUGAACACGCGCUGUGCUGUUAAAAUGUAGAAUUACAAAAUCUGACCAUUACAUCAUUAUGUACAACAACAGUGAUGUUGUAACUUGAAUACAGUAUUUUACUGUACUGUAAGUGGUGUUUCCUUUAAACAAAACAAAUAAACAGCCCUCAAAAUCA